AAUUCGAGCUUGAAGCGGAAUUAAAGAGCCUAGUUUAAACCACAGGUAGUUCGAAAGUCGAGCUUGUAGAAUAGGUGAUGGCAUGUUUAAAGAGUUAGUUCGAGCUUCGACCUGUCUUCAACUCGGGGUUGAAACUGGCAAUCUUCUGAAAUGACUAAAUCGCCCUCCCAACCCUCCUAACGGAGCAAGAGACGAAAAACAGUACACCAUGGAAGUGAAGAACUUCGAUCCCCCGCCGGCACAUGACGGGAGCGGCGGCGCGUACACUCUUCCAGCUGGUAGAUUGUCGAGUGAGGACAUUCUAUUCUGCAUCGAUGUAGGUCCCGAGACGUCGGUGGAGAUGAAGGUGAUCGGCCCCAAUGGGAAACCCUACACGAGAUUAGAGUGCAUAAAGCAGGCGAUAACGCUGUUCGUCCACGCUAAACGCACCAUCAACCCCGACCAUCGAUUCGCACUCACCGCCCUGUCGAAAUCCACUUACUGGCUCCGGAAGGAAUUCAGCAGUGAAGUUGACUCUGUUGUUGCUGCUUUGCGAGACGUCUCUGUGGAUGCAUCAUCAAGUCUUGCAGAUCUCACACAGUUAUUUAGAAUAGCGACUCAUGAAUCGAAGAAAUCUCGUGCACAAAACCGGAUUUUCAGAGUGAUCUUAAUCUACUGUAGAUCAUCUAUGCCACCACAAUACCAGCUGCCGACAACUCUGAAGCUCUUCACUCUGGACGUUGUGUACAUUCAUGACUUACCCGGACCUGAUAAUUGCCCACAAAGAGUUUUCGAUACCUUGGUCGAGGCACUUGAGAGGAUAAGUGAGUACGAGGGUUAUGUAUUUGAGAGUGGUCGAGGUUUGACACGAUCUAUAUUCCGUCACAUGUGUGUGCUCUUAAGCCAUCCCCAGCAGCGCUGCUUGCAGGACGACCUCGACAUACCCAAGUCUUUGAUAAAGAGAUCGCCAGUCCCAGAAGCAGCACAGGCUGAAGGCAGUGUCAUUGCUAUCCAGUGAAUGAAAAAACACUCAUCAUCAAGAAAACAGACCUUAUGUAGUGAAAAUUGUGUUUUGUGUUCUAGUCUUGUUGGUUUUUACUGUAGGAAGUAGUUAAGAUGUGUGUGUAUUCAUGAAAUUGUCUUGUGUUACUUUUGCAGUGUACUUUCUCCAUUUUAUUAUCAAGGCCUCCUACUGAAUUGAAUGCUGUUAGACUAAA